GUGACGUCACCGCCGGGGCCGGGCGCCUCCCGCCGUGCCCCGCGGCCGGAAGUGGCGCGUGCAGGGAGACGUGUCGGAGCGGCGGGGCCGGAGCGAUGAUCACGGACGUGCAGCUCGCCAUCUUCGCCAACAUGCUGGGCGUCUCGCUGUUCCUGCUCGUCGUGCUGUACCACUACGUGGCCGUCAACAACCCCAAGAAGCAGGAGUGAGGAUCCCGGGGAGCCCGGAGG